CAGGCUCAGUGGGUGAGUGGUUUUCAUACUGUAAUUAGUCAAGUUCACCUUAAGGACGCAUUUCAUGCCACGUUUCUUGGGCAAUCAGCCCCCUGAAGUUUCUGCUACCUGUUUGUAGGUCCUUUUGUUCCUUCUAUCCCAUUGUCUUGUCAAGAGUCAUUUACCCAAAUGACUUAGAGUUACCCGUCACGGAGGUUUCGAUAUCGCGCCCAGCUAGGAGGAGAUGGGCUUCGGCUGCAACAAGGGACCUACAGACAAAACACGAAGCACGGAAGCAGCGAAGGGUUUGCGGCGGAAGCCUGUGGGCAGCGUUAAGGAGGGAUCCCUCCUUUGGUGCUGCCUGACCAGUGAAUCCUUUAAAUACGCUCCAGCAGUGGUCACACAGAACUGACAAACUUAACCUGGAGGAGGGAAGAUGAUGUCCUUGGACGGACCGCAGAAGACAAUCAGUAGCCCGAUCAUUCCAUAUGUUGGCACAAUACUUGGUGGCCUUGUUCCUGGAGAGCUGAUUGUGAUACAUGGGACUGUUCCUGAUGAUGCAGACAGGUUCCAGGUGGAUUUACAGUGUGGCAGUAGCAUAAAGCCUCGAGCUGAUGUGGCAUUUCAUUUCAACCCCCGCUUCAAAAGGUCUGGCUGCGUUGUUUGCAACACACUGGAGAGGGAAAAAUGGGGCUGGGAGGAGAUCACUUACGAGAUGCCCUUUCAAAAAGGGAAGUCAUUUGAGAUUGUCAUCAUGAUUUUAAAGGAUAAAUUCCAGGUGACUGUAAAUAAGAAGCACUUGCUGCUCUACAACCACAGAAUUAGCCUUGAAAGAAUAGAUACUCUUGGAAUAUAUGGCAAAGUGCAGAUCAAAACUGUAGAUUUUGUUUCCAAUGGGGAAAUGCCAGAUGGUUCACAAUUUGGAGUUCCUUACGUUGAGAAACUUGAUGCUGCACUUUGUCCAGGAUGCACAGUUGCUAUUAAAGGAGAAGUGAAUAAAAACCCAAAGAGCUUUACGAUAAAUCUGAAAUCAAGUGACUCAAAGGACAUUGCAUUACAUCUGAAUCCCCGAAUGAAAAAUAAAGUUUUUGUAAGAAACUCAUACCUUCAUGACAGCUGGGGAGAAGAAGAAAGGGAAGUGGCCAAUUUCCCUUUCAGUCCAGGGAUGUACUUUGAGCUUAUCAUUUUCUGUGAUGCCCACCAGUUCAAAGUUGCUGUUAAUGGUGUUCACACUCUGGAGUACAAGCAUCGUUUUAAACAACUUGAAAAGAUCAACGUAGUGGAAAUCAUGGGAGACAUUCAAUUGUUAGAUGUGAGGAGGUGGUAGUUCUUUUCAUUCAGUACUAAAAGAAUUAAACCUCUUCUAAUAACAGUGCCGCCUUGUCAAGUACAAACAGGUGCUGACUUGUGCUGAGCCUGCCUUUAUCUAUCUAGGCUUCUGCAUCUGCCUCACUAGAAAGGCGAGUACCAGAACUGCUAACUGCGAGAUUAAAUCCUCCUCUAGUGUACACUAUCCUGGCAAGCUAAGUAAGUGUUUGCUCAGAUCAAUCUCCUGUAUUUGCUCAGAUCAAUCUCCUGUAUUAGUGAACCUAGCAAUAUGAAAAUGCUGCAUCAUACUGUGUCUAACAAAUGCACGCAGUACGUUUAAGUUAAACUACUACUUGUCAUUCCUUGAUAGCAUACAUUCAAUAUUGUGAAGCAGAAACAAGACUGAAAUAGGAUCUGAAGAUAUGGUUAUCCUUCCCAAAAGGGACAUUGGUAAUUCAUUUAAAAUAGAAUUUUGAACUAUGCUUUUCUGCUUUUUAGUUUAUAUUAGCAACUAUAACCUUUUUACUGAGGCUGGAUUAAGCAAACAGUUGGCCCAUCGGUACUAGCAAACGCAAGGAGGAAUUUGAUCUUACUACUUCAUAUGCUGCUGCAGUAGUACUUUCUCUGACACUCAUGGUUAAGUCACGUUCAAUGCUAACAAGUGGCUUAAAUCAAACAUACAGGAGCAUUUCUAGCUUUUAGUUUUCCAAAUUGAAACAAAUGUAAAUGAGUUAUCUGCUUCCAAUUGUGUGAACUUUUGGAAGCUUGUUUGAUCUGAAAUCGCUCCCAACUGAGUUGAGAUUGCUCAGGGACUGAAAUAGAUGUUUGUGUUUUUCAUGUUUUAAAAAUGUGUGAACCCACGUACUCCAGGCAGAGUUUCAGCUGAGAUGAGACUCAGAUAUUCAUCAGUGGAAUAGAGAACGAACCCUUUUGCAGUCUUGUAUUAAAAUACUAUCUGUCUGAAACAAAUAGUUCCUAUUCAGUUUUCCAUACAAAUGUCAGUCUUAAUUUUUAUAUUCUUUUUUAAAAUAAGUUGCUGCUGGUUGUCAAUACGUGCCUGGGGGGUGUUCCUAUUUAUCCGAACAGCUGCUAAAAGAGUGAAGCAAUUUCAAGAGUAAGAGAUACCCUAAGACUGUUUAAGAUAAAUUACCAGAUUUAAUGUAUAAAAAGCAUAAAUAAAAACAUUUGUGAACUCA